AUGGCUUUCAGCCAGCUGAAGUUCAAGGAGCUGGGUGAGGAGGAACCCACCUGGGAGGAGGAGAACCUGGACAGUGUGAAGGCUCUGACAGCCAAGCUGAAGCUGCAGACACGGAGACCCUCGUACCUGGAGUGGGAAGCUCAGGUUCGGGGGCAGCACUGGGGCACUCACACCCCUGGAGGGGCCUGGGGGGCUGAGCAGGGCGCUGGGCACCCCGAGGACAGGCAGGAUGGUGGUGUCUGUGGCUUUGCCACCGUGGAGGCAGCUCUGGAGUGGCUGAGGACGGAGCUGAGGGAGAUGCAGGCUGUGGACCAGCGCCUGGCACAGCAGCUGAUGCGACUGAGGGCACAGCUGCACCGGCUGAAGGUGGAACAGGCUUGCCACCAGCACAAGGAGAUGUUGGAUGAUGCCACCUUCGGCCUCGAGGGCUGUGAGGAAGAUUCAGAUCUGCUCUGCAACAUCCCUCCCAAGGCUGCCUUCCUGCUCUCCAUGCCCCUCAAGCACAUCGGCGUCACCCGCAUGAACAUCAACUCCCGGCGCUUCUCCCUCUGCUGA